AUGGGCAUGGAAGAUGGCAAUGCACCACCUCCAAAGCUAUUUUCCGAUGCGUUGCAUGAUGAUAUGCAGCAGACUCUCCUCAUUUUAGAGAAGAGAAUCGCCAACGGACCUGGAAGUGUUACAAGCUUCGAACUGGACGAUUUGAAUGAUCGGACCGAACGUAUCGUCAAGCAAAUGCGAGAAUACGAAGAAGGUCAAAUCAGUGAGUCGACUAUCCCAGAGCCUAUCGCGGCGAUGGAAGAGCUUACAUCAGUGAUCGAGGAGCCCAGUGUUCCUUCGCAUGAGGAAGUCGAAUAUGCUCCAGUUAUUGACCAAAUGCGAAAAAAACUAGAGGUAGAAGACGACGACCAGCUUCGUAUUGCUGCUUCUAAUAUGGAUGCAACAAAGGUCUCAGAGCUCCUUGGCGCAGGUUUUGAGAUGGACGAAGAAACUACUGAUGCGGCAUUUUGGUCGGUUGUUGAUGCUGUUGACCGUGCGGAACAGGCUGACCAACCUCUCUCUGCAGAUGUAGCAAGAAUGCUCCAUCACAUCUUUGAUGCAGAUCAAAUUCAUCUUCAAAAGCGCGAAAAAAUCAGUAUGAAUAUUACGUGUAAGCAACCCGAUGAUACACAGGGUAUGGAAGGCGCAGCAAGGCGAAUGAAUUACAUCUUUGACGACUCGAGCCAUAAAGAUCUCCCGCUGAAGGAUGGACGUUGUUGCGAAGGUGGUGCUUGUUGUGACAAGUGUAGCCGCAACAUCUUUCCUACAUUUGCUACCGAUGCCGAAAGCAGCCUCGAGACCUUUCCUGAGAUUGCCACUUUGUCAUUCAACGAGCUAGAGACUGUGUCCUCUAGCACAAUCUUGCAGUUCGUCAGGCUUGUAGAGCGUGUUCGACGUACAAUCGCACAUGAGUAUGGACUGCCAUUGAAUACUAUUCUUCCGCUUCAAGCAUAUUCACGAAAAUAUGUUGCAGGCACCACGCAGCGGGGGGGUGGAGGCGGCGAGGGAGACUUCGUCACUCUUCAUACAGACGAAGCAACUCACUCCGGAUACCAUUAUUCUUGUGUUAUUUAUCUGAGUACCCAGGGUGAUGACUUUGAGGGCGGUGACUUUGUUUUCAACGAUCCUGCUGAAGAGGGCGAUGAACCAACUGAAGACGAGAUAGUAGCCUUGCAGAGCAUGCCAAUUGAGGAACAAAUGCGCCGUUCUGGUCGUAAACUCACUCCAUUCCAUCCAAGUCGAGGUGCAGCGGUCAUCUUUUCAUCUGGAUGGGAGAACAUGCAUGAGGUUGAAAAAAUUACGUCUGGUGUCAGAUAUGCCGUGCCUUGCUUUUUUACGACUUGCCCCGUACCAGAGGCUGCCUACGAGCAGAUGGCGCAAGGAAAACCACAGACGGACGAGGAAAUCGCUGACGAUUGGUUGCAUCUCCUCCUUGCUCACAGAAAGGAGUCGCCGAUGGAAUCAGUGGGCCGAGUCAAGGAACUUCUCAUGAAGUGGAACAUGUUGUGUAGUCCCUUAGACCAGCACUAA